AUGGACUUCCGCCAGGCCCUUGAAGCGGGAUCUUCGGCUUCUGCUUCCAGUGACACUCAAGAAGCCAUUUCCCAACAUUUGUACGACCUUUCGCUGCAAGUUGCUUCUCUUGAACAGCAGUUGCGUGCUGUCCGCGCAGAGCUCGGCGACAUCCAGCGCGAGCUCCGGGGUCAGCAGGUCCCUCUGUCUGCCAUACCUGCCAGCCCAAUAUCUCCGAAUUCGGCUGUGGUUGAGGGCACACCUGAUCAGGGUCCCUUAGCGGCCUUCAUGAGCAGCCCCGUCGAGGGCGAUGAUGUUACUGAGGAGCAACUGGGGGGCCUGAUGUCUCGCGAGGACACACAACUUCCCCCUGACGACGACCCGACUGCAGGCCGUUUGGAACAGCAGCUUGCAGGCUUCAUUGCCUACGGCGGCAGCGCAGGUGAUUGGCAUGCCAUGAACUCAGGUUUCAUUCUUGCAAGGCAUUCCCGUCAGGCGAUGCCGUGGGAAAGAGUGACGAGGCCCCGCUUGGGGCCCGGCUUCAUGUUCCAGGAGCCGUUGCUAGGUCGCUUCGACGGUCUUAGGAGGGCGGCGAUCCCCGCCCCUGCAGCAGGGCCGUGGGCAUGGGUGCCCAAAGGAACUUACGAGGCCAGGCGACUUCUCGCAGCAAGGUUUGCCAAAAGCGAUGACAUGCUUAGGCUUACCGCACUAAAGAAAAUUCGGCUCAUCGUGCUUUUCUUCCCGGAUGACUCGGAGCUUGGAAGGAACCUCGUGGGUUCUGCAGGCUCCCUGGUGGAGGAAUCCAUGCUGACCUCGACCAUCGAGGACACUUUCUCAGGCAGAGCCGCCAGCACCCUUCUGAAGCGUGCCUCAGAUUUCUCAAGGUUCGCCAAGUGGAUCGUAGCUAGCAAAGGGCGCCCUCUGGCGCCUUCCGAGGGCGAGUUGUACGCUUAUAUGCUUCACUUGCGACGAGAGAAAGCGGGAGCCACUGCCGGCGAGUCUUUUCUCAAGGCCUAUAGGUUCUUCGUGCACUUGACAGGGGCUGCGCAAGGCUCCAGGAUUUCCCCUCGUGUGCAGGGAGCAGCCAAGGCGAUGUCCAUGGGCAAACGGCCGCUCUGGCCAGGGCUAGCAUUGCAGGGUAACGGGCUUGUCCUUCUUGAGUGUUCGACAAAACAUUACAAGACGAAGGCCAAGGACCGAAAGGAUACCGUGCUGCCUUUGAUUGCACUGGGCAGUGGCUUAACUCAGCCCUCAUGGGGACGUGUCUGGAUGCGCAAGAGGGCCCUGGCAGGGCUACCAGACUGUGCCGUAAUCAUGCCGGCCAUGUCGCCGGGAGGGAACUUUCUAGGAAGGGCCAUGACGGCUGCGGAGGGUUCCUUGUGGCUUCGUGAGUUUUUGCACUUGCAGGGUUUCACGGGAGAUCUUGAACAGUACAGCUCGCACAGCCUGAAAGCAACCGCCUUGUCCUGGACGGCCAAGAGCGGGACCAUGACCUACGAGGAGCGCCUUACCCAGGGGCAUCAUUGCAGUCCAAAGCACGGCAUGGCUCUCCUGUACUCGAGAGAUGCGCUUGCAGAAAUCAUAGUGAAGGUAGCCAAGGUCGUGAGUGCUGUGAGCAGGGGAGUGCUUAGUCCCGAUCUCCCGCGAGCUGAGAGGGUCGCAAGAGCUCUGCAUGGCGAUCCAGCCGAUUUUGCACAUCUUCCUGAGACGACGGCUGAGGAUUUGCCGGCCGAAGAGCCUCAAGAUGAGAACAACUCCGAGGCUGGGUCUGACAUAACUAACCUCGACGGUCUCGAAGUGGACCUGGGGGCACCGGCCCCGGAGGAGGUCCGUCCACGGCUUAGCUGCACGUUCUCGGGAGAGACCUACAUGCACGUCUUGAGUGGAGUGGUGCAUAAGUUGGUCAACCCCGGAAUUUUUAAGUGCGGCAGGAAGGUCACGGCGAACAUGCGUUUGAUGGGGAUGUGCUCAGUUGAUCGUUUGCUGAUUUGCGACGUCGUGCCUAUGCCAUUUGAGAUGAGGGUGCUCGGGCCGAUUGAGAUCAGUGGAGUGUUUCUUGCUUCGGAGCACAAAACCGGUCUCAUGGCCGGACUUGAAUCGGUGCCUGCCUUCACCGACCGAGCAAAGCAGAUCGGCAUCAGCGAGGAUCUUCUGACCAAGCUCCUUGCUAAGAGCUUGGACACCUUCGGCAAGCUAGCUUUCGUGUGCUCGAGCAAGCCUUCCAGCGGGGAUGACACUCCUCUCUUCGAAGCCCUGAAGACUUUGAUUGGGAGUGAGGUUCCAGUGGAACAACAUAUGGUGAUCAGGCGAUUGUGGUACGAGAGCCACGCCCACGCCCUGGUUGACUUGGAAUCGAGGGCUUCGAGAACAAGUGAUACAAGCCCCCGCGAGCUUCCGUUGGCAGAACGCCUAACACGCUUGAAACGCCAAAGGGGGGAGCUUAAAGGCCUCGAGAUGGAUAUCCACACAGAACCUGGACACGGCCUUGUGGACCGCGUCCAGGCCAUGCUCGAUUCUGCACAAGUGCUGCACAUCGCGCCGGAAAAGUGCAUUUCCCGCCAUGACGAAAUCUUGGGUGAGAAGACGGAGCAAAAGAUCUCUUUGGGAGCCGACGGGAACAUCAAGAUCACGAAGCAAGCCUCGAGUCUCCGUUGCGAGACUACCGGCGAGCUCAAGCUUCGCCGGUGCUUCCUGCGCCGGGCCUUAGCGUUCGAUCAAGUAGGGCUUGCCUCCUACACUGCAAUGGAGUCUUGGCACAACCGCAUGUUCCAGGCUCUGCUUGAUGUGGUGGCCCAGGAGAGCCGAGGUGACAUCGUCGUCGGGGUCGGAGCCCCGGCUCCUCUUGAUAAGCACAUAGCCGCUGCUGCAACCAAUCAGUUUGUUUUAUCCUGCCUGACCCACCUUCCUAAGCCUGCCGAGAACCAGGCCCAACCGUGGAAGCCGAAUAAGGGACCCGACAAGGGCAAUCAGAAGGGAGAGAAGGGUAACAAGGGCAAAGGCCGCGGCAAAGGGAAGCAGAAUCACAGCCAAGGCCAGGCUGAUGCAUCCUCGCAACCGUCCCUGAAGGAGCUGCUGGAGUCGUUACCCGAGGGCUGCGUGCGGGCCAACGAUGAUGGCCGUUUCAUCUGCCCGUUUUACAACAAGGGGAUCUGCCGCUUCCAGAAACGCAAGUCGUGCCGCUUCGGAAAGCAUGUUUUCGCCAGGCAAAUCUUAGCUCAGAGCACACCUGUUACCGCUGAGCAAGUGAUGAGGCUUUUUGAUGCCUUGCCGCAUGAGCAGUGCGACCGAGACGCCGAAGGGCGCUCCUUUUCGGCAGGGAUGUACUCUCGAGUUAAGGUGAGCCUUCGCAAAUCUUGUAGGCUUUUUCCACAGACGGUGCGAGUGGUGAACAGGUUUGUAGCCUCUUUGCUUGAAGGUGCCGUUUACACGAGUUUUGCCAUUUUUGAUCAGGUGUGCACUCGGCCACACCGAGAUUCACAGAACGCCUUUUCUCCGAACUAUGUGAUCCCCUUGACCAUUUUCCAAGGGGGAGCUAUCCGGGUAAGCGAGCCAGAUCGGACCGUGGAUUUGCAAGUAUCCCGCGGGCCGGUCAAAUUUUGUGCCAGAGAGUUCGAGCAUCGCACAUUGCCAGCCACUGGGCGCCGGGUUGUCCUAGUGCUUUUUGCCUUGCAGGCCGGAGGGCGCCUCUCAGGCGCCGAUCGCCGGGUCCUGCUCGAUUUGGGUUUCCCCUUGCCUUCUGCUUCGCAUCUUGCUUCCAAAGAGGCCUGCGCCUCGCAGCAAAUUUCAGUCACGGAACAGAUGAGGCAGCUUCUCCCCUUGAAGACGCCCGCAUCGCCUUCAACACAGCCUGAGCCUAGAGCAUCUGUGCCCACCCCCUCGGAGCUCUCCGAGACCAACUCGCCACCUUGCCAGGCACCCAGUGCCGCGCGGCCCAGUGCCGCCUCAGCUUCGUCCGGGACCUCUGAGGGCUGCAACUCCCUGUCGAAACAGGGCCCCUCUUCGGUCCCCCGUCCGCCUUUGCUUGUUGAUUGCCUCGCGGAAGCGGGAUCCAUGUCGGCCGCCGCCAUGCGGGCUGGAUGGGAUGCCUUGUCCCUGGGCCACAAAGGCGGUGCCCCAGAGUCCUGCCCUCGAGUACCGCUGGACCUCUCCACUGGCGAUGAUCUGCAAGCUUUGCUCGAUUUCGACCGGAACACUUUGGUUGACUGGUGGCAUUUCAAUCUGUUCUUGAAAUCUUGCAAUCAGGGGCGUGAUUCCCGAGGUCGAUCCAGCCUUCGUGAUGCCUCUCACUUGCUAGGGCGGGAUGCCCUUCCCGCUCGUGCCGCCUCCCUGGUGCUGCGUGACAACGGCUUGGUGCAAGCCGUGGUCGACCUGCUCUUCCGAGCCUACGAAACUCGAGCCCUCGUUAGCCUGAUCGCUCCGGCUCGGAGUUGGGUCUGGAGCCUCCUCGCCCAUUUUGUCAAAAGGAGGCGGCAUUCGGGUUUUCUGCAAUGGUUCUUCGCCUUAGCUGAUCAAGAGCUUGACACUUGCAUGUUCGGUGCCCCCUUCUUGACCUCGCUGCGGGUCCGAGCUGAGUCCCUCUCCUUCCCAGGCCUCAGUCGGUGUUGUGAGAAGUCCCAUAAACAUCAACCUUGGGUUCCUCCUUCGACGGCUGGGAAUUUUAGUGAUGCCUCGCUUCCUGCUGAGUUAUGCCAGACGCUUUGUCGGUCCGCCACUGCCGCCUGCCAAGGAUUGCAGCCCCACAAGGUUGACUUCCUGCAUAGCCGGCACCUUCGAGCUCAGGUGCGAGCGGCAGCGGCCAAUCAGCCCACUUUUAUGCCUCCCUUAAUCCCUGAGUUUCGGGUUAGGGUCCCUCUGUCCCAAGUGCCGGCUGGAGCUGAUUUCAAGAUCCUCUCCCAAGGCCGCGGCUCUAGUGCGGGGGAUUGUGAUGAGCCGAAUCCUUCCAAAAGGGUCCGGACGCAUAAAGACGGUAAAGCCGGGGACUUGGCAGGUGUGUACUUUUCCAUGGAGGAGCACCUGCAUCGCGCAUGUGAGCUACCUAGCCCGGCGGAUAAUAGCACUCGUUUGCCCGAUGCCGUGCGUCGCAACAUCUUUGCCAUUCUUACGGAAGGCCCUGUGGCCGUGUCCAAGCGGCGGAUGCUUGAACUGAAAUCCUUGAAUGACCGGAUGGCGGCGCUUUCUGCGGCUGAGAAGGAGCUGCGAGCCAAGAUGCAUCCGGACGUGGAGCGAGUCACCAAAGGCAAGGCCCUAGCAUUGUUUCGCGAGCUUCUUGAGGAAACGGGCUUUCCUGACUUGGCGGUGGUGAACCUCCUUUCCGAAGGAGUGCCACUGGUCGGUCAAGAAGCCGAGUCCCCUUUGUUUGCCAAACGGCCGAAGCCUAAAGACCUUGAGCCAGAUCAGCUCAAAACCCAGGCCGCUCUGCGGAGGCGUGCAUUGCAGAAGAUGAAAGGGCUUACUUCAGAGCAGGAUUACAAGGCGAUGAAGGCUGAGACUUCCGAGGAGCUGGCAGCGGGCUUCCUCACGGGUCCAUAUCACACGGAGCAGGAAGUCAGCGACAUCUUGAAGACCGACGCUUGGUCGCUUUCCCCCCGUUUCCUUUUGAGGCAGGGUGAAGACGCCAAGAUAAGGAUAAUCGAUGAUUUUAAGAUGUCCGCGGUCAACAAGGCUUUCGGCUCCUCUUCUUUCCUAGAGCUUCAGGAUACGGAUUACGCGGUCGGCCUCCUGAGGUUUCUUUCCCGCGUGCUGCAAGAUCGCUCCAAGGUCCGGGUCCCCCUGUCUGAUGGCACCUUGCUUGAGGGGGACUGGGAUCCUGAGAUGCUCCGCCAGCCCGCUCUGCUUGGUAAGACACUUGACUUGAGCAAGGCCUACCGCCAGGUGAGCAUCCACCCUUCCACGAGGGAGCAUGCUGUCCUUGGCUUCCCUAACCCACAGGGCAAGUGGGAGUUUUACAUAGCCCAGAGCCUGCCUUUUGGUGCUGCUGCCAGCGUGUAUGGGUUCAAUAAAGUAGCACUUGCGAUCCUUCAUAUCAUGGUUGUCAAGUUCGCUGCGAUCGCGACUGAUUUUUAUGACGACUACACAGUGUAUGAAUUUCGCCCAGCUGCUUUCUUGUUGGACAAAGUCCUGAUGAGGCUGCUUGACCUGCUUGGGUGGUCCUAUGCAAAGAGUGGGCGGAAAUUUGUUCCCUUUGACAACAAGGUGGUCUCCUUGGGUGUUUCUUUGGGCCUUGACGAGAUAUGGCAGGGCACUCUCAAGGUUGAGAACAAGGCUGGACGACUUGAGAAAAUUGCCGCACUCCUUCGUGCGGUAGCCCAGGGAGGAGCUGUGACGAGAAGUGAUGUGGCUUCGCUUCAUGGCUUGAUUAACUUCGCCGGGGGUCUGAUUAUGGGCUUCGAGCUUAAGCCAACUUCCCGGAUGCUGACACGGGCUUUGUCAGGGCCCUUCCUGGGCAACACGCCUGAGCUUCGGCAAGCUUGUGAGCUUGCUCUGGAUGUCAUCGCGCAGUGCAGGCCGAAGCGCUGCCCGGCUACGAUUCUGCCACCUGUAGUGCUCUACACGGAUGGGGCCUUCGAGAAAGGGCGAGGCACCUGGGGAGCGAUUCUUGUUGAUGCUUACACGAGCUCCCGAUGGGUUUUCGGGGGAGAAGUUUGCAAACCGCUGAUGGAUCACUGGGGCAGAGAGGCUGGCGCCCAAGUGAUUUGCCAGGUUGAAGCCUACGCUCUGGCGAUUACCUUGUUCGGGAUCCGCGGCCUCCUCAAAGGUCGCUCGGUCCUAGCUUGGAUCGACAACAAUGCAUGCCUUUAUGGAUUCGUGAAGCGAUACUCGCCUUCGGCUUCGCUGAUGCGCCUCAUCUCACUGGGGGCCUUGAUGGAGAGCUCCAUGGAGGCGCUUAUGUGGUUUGAGCGGGUUCCCUCAAAGAGUAACCCGGCGGACCUUCCGUCGCGGGGACUGUUUGCCCAGGCCUGUGAUCGGUUUCAAGCCAUAAACAAGGGGGACGUGGCAGCCACCGACACGAUGUUGGACUUCAUUCGUGCUCCCAAUUACGAGCCGAAGCUAGCCCAGGCGAUUCUUUCGUCGGCUAGGCUGGAAGCCGAUUGGGCUGCGGAAGCUAUGCAGUGA